GAACAGCUACAGGCAAUUCAAUUUCAUAUACCUUACGCUUUCUUUUACAUAAUCUCCAUAAACAAUAGCAACAAUAUGUUUUCUCAUUUGUGUAUGAAAUACAUUUUCUUUUUACUUGCGAUCACGACCAUAGUCGCAGGAAUGCCUCUUGAAGAAACGCGGAAUUUUCCUCUAGAAGAAACACAGAAUCUAUCCCUGAGUCGUCGCGAUUUAAAUAUGUUUUGCCCGGACCCUCACUUCCCCAAGUGGAUAAGCUCUAAUUGCAGAAGCAUGGACGUUGUUGCGAAUACAUGCGAGGCUCCAGAUUCAAGCUCUAAUAAAAUUUUUUAUAAACUAUGUCCGCUAGACUAUUAUUGUAUUGAUUUUAUUCGCCCGCACGAUCCGACUCCAUUUGCAGCGUGUGUUUCCAAAUCAAAAAUAGAUGCAUGGAAUAAUCACCAUGCUCGUGGCAAAUUCUGCGCACCAAGCGGUGGUUUUAAAACCAGUAAAAGAAUACUAACGUUUGGAAUGACAACAUAUGAUGCCAAAAAACAAACAACAAAAGUAAAUAUGAUGGAUGUGACUGUUAAUAAUAAGGACCUUGGAACCAUUCAUUUAGUAACUGCUGUCGCGGCGGCUUUGAGUCCUGAUGAAUUAACAGUACUCUAA